AUGAGUGUGAUCGGGAUCGGGAACGGCCAUGCGUCGAUCAUUCACAGAGAUGUGACCUCAAUCGACCUCCAGUGCGGCGGCAUCAGCAGCGAGGGAACCGUGGGAUCGGAGCCCGCCCCUCUUCACGCCACCGCCGAGGCCGGGUCGACCGUCAACCUGAAGUGGACGCUGUCGUCCAACUCGCACAUGGGGCCCGCUCUCACCUACAUGGCACGGUGCCCCGAUGAGGGGUGUGACAAGUGGCUGCCGGGAGAGGAACCCGUCUUCUAUAAGGUCCAUCACGACGGCCGCCACACCACCGACAAGUCCUACCCAGACGACAUCUGGGCCGUCCUGAUCGCGCUGCACUCGGCGUGGGCGGAGGGCGAGGCCCAGUUCUACCCGUCGUGCCACCAGCUGCGCGUGACGGGCGCCAGCACGGUCAACUCGAGCGAGGGCCUGGUCAGCUUUCCGGGGGCGUACAAGGCGGAUGAUGUGGGGAUUUUUAUUGAUGUUUGGAAUCCGGGUAACUACACGAUUCCGGGACCGGCCGUCUUCCAGUGCCUUUAG